UAGUUUGCUCAGGCUCAGGCACACAAUACAUAUUUAUUAUAACAGAUUCAAAUUGGCUCUUAUAUCAACACACAACAUCUAAAGUUAUAGUUAUGGAUACAAACCAAAAGUCUGUGGAGAACUUUGAGACGUUGCAGUCGAGCGGCAGCCGUCGCGUGAUGUGGGAGGGCUGCGUCGAUGAAGAGGAAGUCUAUGAUUCCAUUGUGACCUACAAGACAUUAUCUAGAUCCCGCCAAGCAGGUGACUCAACCAGCACCACUUCUGAGCACAUACAAUCCCCGGCCAUAGAAUGUCAAUCGAAUAUACAAACAUCGGCCAUCAAGUCAUCGACAAGUCUGGCCAUGCGCUACAAGCCAUCGCAUGAGUCGCUGCAGAAUUUGGCCAGCACGAAGAGAUCACAUGCGAGGGGGUGCUGGCAUCAGUUGGUGGAUCGGAUACGCAACAAGAAGUUGGACAAUGAAGCGUCUGCUAAUCUGGCGCUGCGCUACAAGCCAUCGCAUGAGUCCUUUCAGGAUCAAGUCGUGGAACAUUCUGAGCCCAAAGUCGCCACUGCAGACCUGAAAUUGGAGACGUGCUUUUUUCCGCCCAUUCAGAUCGCUGUGGUGCGCGAAGUUGCGCCCAAGUUUGCCAAUCGCAUGUGCAUUACCGACGACAGCGAAUCGGGCUACUCGAAGUCCAUCGAAUUGCAGAUUCCCCUGUUAAACUCCUCCUCAAAAUAUAGCAAAACCGACGGCACCGAUUCUAAUAAGGAUGCUCUGCCAGCAGGAACAAAGCGAAGCAAGUCUCGCAACAACACGCGCGCGGCGACUUCCAAUGGUUCCUCGAAGGGAGGCAGCAUCCCAAACAACGCAAUGCCAACGUUACGCCAACGACAACAGGAACUGCAUCGCUAUCGCGUACAGACUGAGAAACGCCGUUUGGAAUUGCUGGACUUGAAGAUAGUGCGUGAACGUGCGGAAGCGUUGCGCCGUGAGAUACUCUUCCACAAGGACUUGCAGCUGAAGCACAAUCAAAUUAAAUCGUUCGAGGACACCAUAAAUUAGCCAUAAAUCUGUUUCCAAACCCAAAUUUCUGGUAAUAUUUACUACCUAUUAAUAAUUAAGUUAUAUAACAGCAACGCAUAAAAUUCGAUUUAUAUACGACUUAAUUUUUAUAAUCUUUUGGAAGUACUCACAAUUAAAAUAAUAAAUUCUAGGUGACAAAUAAAAGACUA